GAAUUUUAAGGCGGGAAAUAUCUUGGAAACUUCUUAUGUACCAUCAAUAGUACCAAUGUUGGCAAUGUAUGCGAGUGCACAAAAAAAAGUACUUUGAGCAUGUUCCAUACUUCAAUAGUACUUCUUCGUAACAUCAACUGUCAUCACCAUUACCAUAACCAUACAAUCAACAACUAAAAUGGGGGAGAUAAAGAUUAAAGGGUGGAGAAUUGUGGCAUAAUUUUCGGAAUAUUUGUGGUAAGGUAAACCUUUCAAAAAAAAAAAAAAAAACAAUUAUAUCAGAUAUAGUGAUAUUCAUCUAACCCUAAAUUCAGCAAAUUUUAGUUACUCAUACUAAUAUUGGGUUACACAAUUUUUACGUGGAUAAUCUCUCCUUUAUUUUCUCUAAUUCAUCCAUUUUACGCGUUUCAACUAUGUGGGAUUAAUUCUUUUUUUUUUUUUCAAUGAUCCGUUUUCAUUGUUGGUUAAUAAUAAUUCAAUAACAGCAGUACUAAUUACAAAAUUUAAUUUGGCUGUUUUUUUUUAGUUUCCCUGUUUUUUUAGUAAGGGGGUGGUGGCUCCGAACUAAAUUGUUUUUUUCCCCAAAAAACAAGAGUACGGUGCCAUCUCUCCUUGAGAAGGCUCCUAAUACUUGUAUCAUAAUUUUUGGGGUUUUUGUGUUUUUUUUUAAAAUUUUUUUUUGGUGAAGUGAAAGAAAGAGAGAGAUAUUGAAGAAAAAACAGGGAAAUUAAUAAUGGCGGGUGGCCAAGAGGCAAGCCAGUAUAAGGAAAUGUCACCGCCUGAAACCGCCGCCGACGAUGUCGAGGCUGCUGCCCAUCAACAGCCAUAUGAUGAGGAGGAUGAGGAGGAGGAGUUUGUGGAUGAUCCUUUUGAUAUUGGCAAUACUAAGAAUGCCCCACCUGAAUCCCUUAGACGUUGGAGGCAAGCAGCCCUUGUGCUAAAUGCUUCCCGUCGAUUUCGCUACACGUUGGAUCUAAAGAAGGAUGAGGAUAAAGAGCAGAGGAGGAGAAUGAUAAGGGCUCAUGCUCAAGUCGUGAGAGCUGCAAUGCUCUUUAAAUUGGCUGGGGAACGAGAUAUUGUGAAAGGCCCUUCAGUGUCACCUCCAAUAGCAACUGGUGAUUUUGGAAUUGGACUUGAACAACUCACUUCAAUGACCAGGGAUAAUAAUUUUUCAGCUCUGGAGCAAUAUGGGGGUGUUAAAGGGCUAGAAGAGAAGCUUAGUACAAACGUAGAAACAGGAGUCUCAGGGGAGGUGGAUGAUGUUGUAAAGCGAAAGAGCACUUUCGGAACAAAUACAUACCCUACAAAAAAGGGAAAGGGUUUCUUGUCUUUUCUGUGGGAAUCUUGGCAAGAUUUGACCCUUAUUAUCUUAAUCAUAGCUGCAGUUGUAUCACUAGCAUUAGGGAUAAAAACUGAGGGUCUUAAAGAAGGAUGGUAUGAUGGAGGAAGUAUUGUUUUCGCAGUGCUGCUUGUCAUAUUUGUUACUGCCAUCAGUGAUUAUAAACAAUCUCUUCAAUUCCAAAACUUGAAUGCAGAGAAAAGGAAUAUACAGCUAGAGGUGAUGAGAGGUGGCAGAAGGGAAAAGGUCUCUAUUUAUGACAUAGUUGUUGGUGAUAUCGUGCCUCUUAAAAUCGGAGACCAGGUACCUGCUGACGGGAUCUUCAUAUCUGGCCAUUCCUUGGCAAUUGAUGAAUCCAGCAUGACUGGAGAAAGCAAGAUUGUUCACAAGGAUAAAAAAUCACCCUUUCUUUUAUCCGGUUGUAAAGUGGCAGAUGGCUUUGGAAAUAUGAUGAUAACUGGUGUUGGUAUUAAUACUGAGUGGGGAUUGUUGAUGGCAAGUAUCUCCGAGGACACUGGUGAAGAAACACCUUUGCAGGUGCGAUUAAAUGGGGUGGCAACUUUUAUAGGCAUAGUUGGUCUCUCUGUUGCUGUAGCUGUACUUGCCAUUCUGUUGAUUCGAUUUUUUACUGGUCACACCAAGGAACCUAAUGGUGAAGUGCAAUUCACAAGUGGUAAAACAAGCAUUAGUGAAGCAAUAGAUGGAGUGAUAGAGAUCUUCACAAUUGCGGUCACUAUUGUGGUUGUUGCAGUACCUGAAGGAUUGCCCUUAGCUGUUACAUUGACCCUAGCUUAUUCAAUGCGCAAAAUGAUGGCAGAUAAAGCCCUGGUGCGAAGGCUUUCAGCAUGUGAAACUAUGGGUUCUGCAACUACUAUUUGCAGUGACAAAACUGGAACACUAACAUUAAAUCAGAUGACUGUGGUUGAGGCUUAUGCUGGUAGAAAAAGGUUAAAUCCACCAAAUGAUGCUGCCCAGAUGCACAAGGAGCAAUCCACUCUUGUAAUUGAAGGGGUUGCAGUUAAUACCACUGGUAGUGUUUUUGUCCCCAAGGAUGGUGGUGAUGCAGAAGUUUCUGGAUCUCCAACUGAAAAGGCUAUCUUGUCAUGGGGAGUCGAGCUGGGCAUGAAGUUCGAAGCUGUGAGAUCAGAAGCCAUUAUUCUCCAUGUUUGCCCUUUCAAUUCAGAGAAAAAGCGAGGUGGAGUUGCAUUGCAGCUGUCCAACUCAGAUGUUCAUAUCCAUUGGAAAGGGGCAGCCGAGAUGGUUCUCGCUUCGUGCACACAGUUUCUUGAUACGGAUGGUUCCGUAAAACCUAUUAAUAGUGAAAAGUCAUAUUUUAAAGGAGUCAUUGAUGAUAUGGCAGCAAAAAGCUUGCGAUGCGUUGCCUUUGCGUACAGGCCUUACGAUAGAAAUGCUGUUCCCAACACCAAUGAGGAGGAGUUAGCACAAUGGACUCUACCAGAGGAUGACCUGAUUCUGGUAACCAUUGUUGGCAUAAAGGAUCCUUGCCGACCUGGUGUAGAUGAAGCUGUGAGACUCUGCACAGCUGCCGGCGUGAAGGUCAGGAUGGUAACUGGAGAUAACAUUCAAACAGCAAAAGCAAUUGCUGCAGAGUGUGGAAUUCUUCCUCCAGAUUCUGAUGCAACAGAACCUGUUGUCAUUGAAGGGAAAGCAUUCCGUGCACUUUCUGAACAAGAAAGAGAGGAAGUUGCCAAGAAAAUAACAGUGAUGGGAAGGUCAUCUCCAAAUGACAAACUGUUGCUUGUGCAAGCUUUACGCAAGGGAGGUGAUGUUGUAGCUGUUACAGGAGAUGGCACUAAUGAUGCUCCUGCGCUACAUGAGGCAGACAUUGGUCUUUCCAUGGGCAUUUCUGGAACAGAAGUUGCUAAAGAAAGCUCUGACAUCAUUAUCUUGGACGAUAAUUUUGCUUCAGUUGUGAAGGUUGUGCGCUGGGGACGUUCUGUGUAUGCAAAUAUUCAGAAAUUUAUACAGUUCCAGCUCACUGUCAAUGUGGCGGCACUUAUUAUUAAUGUCGUUGCUGCUGUUUCCUCAGGCAGUAUCCCUCUAAAUGCAGUGCAGCUUUUGUGGGUAAAUCUUAUCAUGGAUACUCUGGGAGCACUUGCACUAGCCACUGAACCACCAACCAACCAGCUCAUGCGUAGAGCUCCUGUUGGCAGAAGGGAGCCUCUUGUUACAAACAUCAUGUGGAGGAAUCUAAUUGUACAGGCUCUAUAUCAAGUGGCUGUCCUCCUUACUUUCAACUUUGGUAGCAGCAACUUUUCACUAUUACAAGAAGGUGACGCUGAGCAUCGGAAUAAGUUGAAGAAUACUUUGAUUUUCAAUGCAUUUGUUCUGUGCCAAUUGUUCAAUGAGUUCAAUGCUCGUAAGCCAGAUGAAAUGAACGUAUUUAAGGGUAUAACCAGUAAUCGCCUGUUCAUGGGAAUUAUCGGAGUUACACUUGUGCUUCAGAUAGUUAUCAUUGAGUUCCUUGGGAAGUUCACCACAACUGUUAGACUGAACUGGAAAUUAUGGCUUCUUUCCAUUGCCAUCGGCCUGUUCAGCUGGCCUCUGGCUGUUAUUGGAAAGUUCAUACCGGUUCCAAAGACACCCUUGUCCAAAAUGUUAAGGAAACCAUUCCAGCGAUGUAGAACUGCACGUAAUGCAUAGACGUUUUCAGGACAAUCUUCAGUAACUUGGCAGGAAAAUUUCAGGAGCCAAAAUAUGUCAUCUAAGUUCCCGCCCUCUACUUUCCGGCAAUGCAAUGAGUAACGAUUGCUCGCUACAGAAAGCUGAGUGACCAAUUCUUGUAGUCGAUUUUUUGGAGGGAGACAACUAAAUUCACGCUCCCAUCCCUACUAUUCUAGCAAAUUGUGUGCUGAUAUUACUGAUUAUAUCUGUAAAGAAACAACGCUAACAAAACGAGCAAGUGUGUAAAUGCAAAUGUGGCAGUAUAUAGUACUAGUUUUCCUUUUGUUUGAA